AUGGACAAGAGUUGGAUUUCAAUGCCUAGGAACUCUAAAGAGUUUAGGAAUGGUGUUUUGGACUUUAUUGACUUUGCACUUCAAAACACAAAAACACCUGGAAAAAUUAAGUGCCCAUGUAAGAAGUGUUGUUUUCGCAAUACAUUAAUUCCCCGUGAUGUAUACGAUCAUUUGCUGUCGGGAAAGGGAGGGUUUUUGCAGGGUUAUACAACAUGGGUCAUGCAUGGGGAACAAUAUCCAAGCGUUGCUCCCGUUACUAACACUCCCGUUCUCAACGAGCCAAUACAUGAAGCCUGCACUAGUAUGGAUCCCGUGCCAAUGCUUGAAGGUUCCAGUGAAAUGCAAGAACUAUUGCAUGACGUUUUUGCCAUGCACGAUAAUCGGGAAGGUGAAGCUGGGUCUCAGAUGGGUGUGGAAGCUAGAGUUGUACAGGAAGAGGAACAAGGUCCUACUGAGGACGCCAAGAAAUUCUUUGACUUGUUGAAACAAACAGAGGAGCCAUUAUGGUUAGGGUGCACAAAACACAGCAUAUUUAGUGCAAUUGUUGGUCUUUUUAAUCUGAAGUGUGAAGGUGGAUGGAGUAACGCCUCAUUUACAAAAUUGCUUGGAUUUCUCAAAGAUAUUGUCCCCUCAGAUGCAAAGCUGCCUAAUGACACAUAUGAGGCUAAAAAAUUCAUGAAUGACUUGGGACUGGGAUACGAGAAGAUUCCAGCAUGUCCCAAUGGUUGUAUGCUAUUUUGGAAAGACAACGAGAAGCUAGAAAGAUGUACUAAAUGCAAUGCUUCGAAGUGGAAGCAAACCAAGAAUGGGGGUGAUGAUUCGUCACAAAUAUCAAAAAGAAAACCAAAGAAAGUUUUGCGAUGGUUUCCUUUGAAACCAAGAUUGCAAAGGUUGUUUAUGUCACAGAAGACGGCUUCUCACAUGAAAUGGCACGCUGAUAAGCGCACAAAGGAUGGGGUGCUAAGGCAUCCUGCCGAUGGACUAGCGUGGAAGGAAUUUGAUGAGCGGUACCCGGAAUUUGCUUCUGACCCACGCAAUGUAAGGCUUGGCUUAUCGUCAGAUGGAUUUAAUCCUUUCGGCAACAUGAGCACUUCUCACAGUACUUGGCCAGUAAUGUUAGUACCGUACAACUUGCCUCCUUGGAUGUGCAUGAAACAACCUUCACAAAUGUUAUCCUUGAUAAUCCCAGGCCCACGUUCACCUGGAAGAAAGAUUGAUGUCUACCUAGAACCCCUCAUUUCUGAAUUGAAGGAAUUAUGGGAUGUUGGACUUUCGACUUAUGAUGCAUCUUCCAAAAGUAACUUCACGAUGCGUGCGGCCUUGAUGUGGACAAUAAAUGAUUUUCCUGUAUAUGGUGAUUUGUCUGGGUGGAGUACGAAAGGGCGUGUUGCGUGUCCUUGUUGUAUGGGUAAUACAUGGUCUAAGCGGUUAAGAAAUGGGAAAAAAUUUUGCUUUAUGGGCCAUAGAAGAUGGUUGCCAAUGGAUCAUAGUUUCAGAAUGGAUAAUCAGUCGUUUGAUGGUACGCAAGAAAUGGAUCCUCCGCCUAUUGUGCCAAAUGGGGAUGAGAUCAUGUCACAGUUAGAGGAAGUUGAUUGGGUUGCAGACCAGCCUUAUAUUGCGAGGAAGCAGAAUAUUGUUGGGAUAGGUGCUGAAAUGCCAGUAUUUUGGAAGAAAAAGAGUAUUUUUUUCGCAUUGCCAUAUUGGAAAGAUAAUUUGUUGCGCCACAAUCUUGAUGUGAUGCACAUAGAGAAAAAUGUGGUUGACAAUAUUAUUGGCACGAUAUUGGACAUAAAAGGGAAGACGAAAGAUAACAUCAAUGCACGUUUGGACUUAGAAGAAAUGGGUUUGAGGAGUGAUCUUCACCCAGAUCGCUCCAAUCCAAAUAAACCUUUUUUCCCCCCAGCUUGCUUCACAAUGUCUAACAAACAGAAAGAUGACUUCUUGGCAUUAUUGGCGAAUGUGAAAAUGCCAGACGGGUAUGCUUCAAAUGUGUCACGUUGUGUCAAAAUUAAGGAACGUUGUAUUAAGGGUAUGAAAAGUCAUGACAGUCACAUUUUCAUGCAACACCUCAUGCCAAUUGCACUGAGAAAAUCAUUGCCAAAUAAGGUUGUUAAACCUUUAAUAGAGUUGUCUUGCUUCUUUAGAGAUAUAUGCUCGAAAACACUUCAUGUAGAAGAUUUGGAUCGACUAGAGAAUCAUAUCCCCUACAUAUUGUGCGAUUUGGAACAAAUCUUCCCACCAGGAUUUUUCACAGUGAUGGUUCACCUUGUUGUACAUCUGGUUCGCGAAUGUAAGUUAGGUGGACCGGUUCACUAUCGGUGGAUGUAUCCUAUUGAGAGGUGCCUACAUCGAUAUAAGAUAAACGUUCGUAACAAAGCUGCACCAGAAGGGUCUAUUGCGGAAGGGUACAUAAUGGAUGAAUUACUAACCUUUUGUUCACGGUAUUUGGAAAAGGCGCCAACGAUUCAUAAUAGGCCGUGCAGAAGUGUUGAUGACUCUAGAGGGGCGGUCCAUACAGUCGAACUUGACGAUAUGACAUUGAGACAGGCACAUCGAUAUAUCCUCCUAAAUGUCGAAAUGUUUGCUCCAUUCCGAACGUGA